AUGAAGUACAGUACAUUAUUAUUGAUGGCUUCCACCAUCUCCGCCAUUUACAUUCCAACAUUGCAAAAUGUUGAAGACCUUGUUGACAGCUUCAGAGCCAUUCCCAAGGAAGAAAUUAAGCAUUACCAACAACAGCAACAACAGCAACAGCAGCAACAAGAACCAUCUACUCUUGCUCCUUUGAUUGUUCACGAUGAGGCCAAGUCCAUCAACAACCAAUACAUUGUUGUUCUCAAGGAAGGUGUGAGCGACUUUACUAGUCUUGUUGACGGUAUCAUGGAACGCUUCAACAUUGAUGGGUUUUUCGGAUUCACUGGUAGAUUUGACAAUAUUGCUAUCGAGAUUUUGAGAAGGAACCCAUUGGUGUCAUUUAUCGAACAGGACUCUAUGGUGCACACCAAUGAAUUUGAUAUUGAAAAGGGGGCUCCAUGGGGAUUGGCUAGGGUCUCUCAUAGACAACCCUUGUCAUUGUCCUCAUUUGAUCAGUAUCUUUACGAUUCUGAGGGUGGCGAUGGUGUUACUUCGUAUGUCAUUGACACUGGUAUCAAUGUCAAGCAUACUGAGUUUGACGGUAGAGCCAUUUGGGGUAAAACCAUUCCUACUGGCGACGAUGACCUUGACGGCAAUGGUCAUGGAACUCAUUGUGCCGGUACGAUUGCAUCCAAGGACUAUGGGGUUGCCAAGAAGGCUGAAGUUGUUGCUGUCAAGGUGUUGAGAAGUAAUGGAUCAGGAUCCAUGUCUGAUGUGGUUAAAGGUAUUGAAUUUGCCGCUAAAGCACAUCAAGAUGCCGUCAAGAAGGGCAAGAAGGGAUUCAAAGGAUCUACUGCCAAUAUGUCUCUUGGUGGUGGAAGAUCUCAAGCCUUGGAUUUGGCGGUUAAUGCUGCCGUGAAGGCUGGUUUGCAUUUUGCCGUUGCUGCCGGUAACGAAAACCAAGAUGCAUGCAACACAUCUCCAGCUGCAGCUGAGGGAGCAAUCACUGUUGGUGCUUCCACCAUUUCAGACGAAAGAGCUUACUUUUCAAACUAUGGAAAAUGUGUUGACAUUUUUGCCCCUGGUUUGAACAUUUUGUCCACUUAUAUUGGAUCUGACACUGCUACUGCUUACUUGUCAGGAACCUCUAUGGCUUCUCCUCAUGUUGCUGGUUUGUUGUCAUACUAUCUCUCUUUGCAACCAGGAGCCGGCUCAGAGUUUUUCGUUGCUGCUGAUGGUGUCACUCCGGCCCAAUUGAAGAAGAAUUUGAUUUCAUUUGGAACUGAUGGUGUUUUGGCCGAUAUUCCAGAAGAUACACCAAACAUCUUGGCAUUCAACGGUGCUGGCCACAACUUGACUGAGUUCUGGAAUCACAAGUAA